AUGCCGUUCCUCGAUAUAGCUUUUCAAGCUGAAGUAAGCAGAUACGAAGACCCGGAUUUCGAAGAGUACGCGCGUCGGAACUGCAACGAGGACCCACAAACAAGAGACCACGCGAUACAAGAAUUGCGGCACAUGGUGUAUGAGAGAGGUGAAUGUCACCCGCGACGCACGGACGAUGCUUAUCUACUCAGAUUUCUGCGGUGUCGUCGCUUUAUACCUGCUCUAGCGCACAAACUUAUGGUCCGCUAUGAAGAGUUUCGAAGGAAGAACGCUUAUUUGUAUGACUGUAAUGCAUUCGGUCUCCAGAAGGUGAAGAACGUGUAUGGGGGAACGUUUCCAGAGAGCCCUGGAAAUGGACGGAUAACGCUGAUGAGGUUUGGCAAAUGGGACACAGAUGCCGUACCCAUAGUGGACGUGGUGCGGUGUGCGCUAAUCAUGGACGAAAUAGCCGUGAUGCAGCCAAAGCUGCAGAUACUCGGCGUCACCAUAAUAGUCGAUCUGGAUGGCCUCAAUGUAAGACAAGUGAGCCACCUGACGCCUACCAUAGCCAACCAGAUCGUCAGCUUAAUGGGGGUUUCGUUCCCUCUUCUACUGCACGGUUUGCAUAUCAUAAACUACAACUGGUUCCUGAAUUCGUUCUUCUACAUCUUCAAGCAGUUCAUCCCGAGGGCGGCUUGGGACCGGAUGCACUUCCACGGUUAUGACAUGAGCUCCCUCCACAAACACAUCGACCCCGCCCACCUCCCACCCGAGUACGGGGGCACUUGUAAACACGUGAUCUCGACCGAGGAGUGGCUGAGAAAAGUCAAUAUGUACAAAGACGACUUCAUGGUACAGGAACUUAGGGAUUUAGGUUUUACUGUCGAAGAUUAA